CUCAAGAAGUUUCAUUUCGUGGAAGACCUUUUUCUGGCAAAGUUAUUAACUUACCGGACUCACAUUGUGGUGUGGUUUUUCUUGAAACAUUGAAGCCAAAGUCAUUGAAAGCAGAAAGAAAAUUUCAUGCCAUUCGAAAUUUUCGUUCUUUCACUUACUGGAAUUGGGAUAAGCUACCAUCAAAGAAUGACCCAUUGAUGAGUGCUUUGGAUUGGUUGGACAUCUCUGAAGCGAUCCAUUCACCUGUCAAUGAGCCCAUAACAUGUGAUAAGCUCUCAGUUGAAAGUAAUGAUGAGGACAAAGAGAUGAAGUGUAAUGGUGAAGAAACAAGAGAAGAAUAA